AAAGUUGGUGGGUUUAAGUUCAUGACAUGACGAUGAAAACAAAGUAGGUGAAUUUUCUGUGCUGGGUUUCGAGCGUUUUGAGUUUGGCUGUUAGAUUUGGUUUUGGUUUCUCUCUCAAAAGAUGAACUCUUUCUACUAUAUUCUGCUCUCUACCUCCAUAGCCCUCCUCGCCAUUUUCGUUUCUCUUCCUCUUUUACGCCUCCCCAACAGCAACCGCUUAUUCUUCAGUUGGAGACCCACCAUUGCCGACUUGGUGCUCAGCAAUGGGGUUAUAUACACCAGCGAUGAUUCUCUCUCUUUUUCUUAUUCCAUGGCGGUCCGAAAUGGAAGGAUUCUCCACGUUGGCAACUAUUCCCAUGUAAAGGUUUUCCUUUUUUAUCACUUCCUUUCUUGUUUUCCUGUUCGGUCGCACAAUCAGAGCAACCCCUUUUCAUGCCUUGUUGAGUAGCAAUUGGUGGGUUAUGGGACUAAAUGAGUUUGAAUCUCAUCGGAGCAAUUAUGGUUCCUGGAUUUAUUGAUUCCCAUGUGCACUUAAUUCCUGGUGGACUGCAGAUGUCACAGGUGGAACUUCAUGGCGUAAAUGAAAGAGAUGAGUUUGUGAGAAGGGUCAAAGAAGCAGUGAGAGACAGUAAACCAGGUUCCUGGAUUUUGGGUGGUGGUUGGAACAAUGAUCUAUGGGGAGGAGCCUUGCCAAUGACUUGGUGGGUGGAUGAUGUUACACCUCAAAAUCCUGUUUGGCUAACAAGGAUGGAUGGCCAUAUGGGCUUGGCUGAUUCACCAGCACUAAAACUGGCAGGUGUUACCAACUCAUCAGAAGAUCCAAAUGGUGGUACCAUUAUGAGAACUUCCACUGGAGAACCUACUGGCUUGCUGGUUGAUUCUGCCAUGCAAUUUAUCCUCCCAUGCAUUCCAGAGGUCUCAGUUGAUGAAUGCAGAGAAGCUUUGCUUAAGGCCAGCAAUUUUGCUUUGACAAGGCGUGUUACUACAGUAGUUGAUAUGGGGAGAUGCUAUCCUGGGAUAUCUGUGGAGUUUUCCUGGCAAGAUUUUUCAGGUUUUUAGAAAGUUUCUUGAGGUUUAGUUGGCAGUCCCAUUAAUUGAAGUGAUACAUUGUCUUCUUGGCAUCUUUUUUCUUUGAGGUUGACUUGAACACACCGCCAAGUGAUGAAAAAAGGAUUCAUGUCAGCAUUUUCUAAAGUGAUAACAGGACUAAAUUCUUCAGGGACAUCAUUUUAAGUGGGAUUAUAAAUGAAUUAUGGUAAAAGAACAAUAAAGAUUGCAAUGAGCUCAUUUCGACAAUCAACAGCUAUGUACAACACAAUAAAGUAGAUUGCAGCAUCAGAUUUAUCACAUAGAAGAAACAGAUGGCAUUACCGUGCAUCACUAUGCUUUCAUCUUUCAAUGUUCCAUUCAUUUCUUUUAAUGGUUUUAAGUUAAUCUGGCUUCAUGCUUCAACGCUUCAAAUCUUCCACCUUACGACCGUUUGGCACUAUGGUAGUGUCUUUCACCACUAUUAGUUAAACUCCUCUUUUUUUACUCCAUGAUUUCCACAGAUGUUUAUCAAUGGGCUGGUACUUCUGGAAAGAUGAGGAUCAGGGUUUGCUUAUUUUUCCCACUAGAGAUUUGGUCACGAUUGCAUGUGCGGCAUCUUAUGACUAUAGCUUUGUUUUUGUUCGAAUUGAAUAAAACAAAAGUUGGCUUAUGGUUGUUCUUUUUGUGGAAUAGCUUCUAAUAAAUGAUUCUUGGAACUCUAGGCUAUCCUUCCUAGAUGAAACUAUUUAAUGAAUUGGAAUAGAUGUUGACCUUGUAGGGAAAUGCAAACUAAUUAGCAUCUUUUGUUGUUCCUGAGCAAACUCCUCAAACUCCGAAAGAGAACCCCAUUUCAGAGCAAACGGCAAAUGAGGAUGCAUGGUCGGCCAUGUUUCAUUGAAGCUAGCUUUUUUUUUUUUUUUUUUUUUUUUUGGUUUUUUGGUUUUUUUUGGUCGGUAAAAAGGGUAGCCAGAUUCAAAUGUUUCUUCCUUCUGCUAUUUUGAUUUUGUAUAUACCAGGCAGAUGGUCGUGUAAUUAUUAUAUCAGCUCUAUUUUCGCCCUUUUUUUAAAAAAAAAUUUCCUUAUUUGUUUUAAUGGUAUAGCAUUUUCUAGUUUUUUAGUUAUUUGGUUGGUGAGAGUGUAGCUAAAACUCUGAAUUAGGAGAAACCACAGGAUGUUUAAUCCUUGUUGCUGUUUAGAAUCAGAUACAGGCCAAAAAGACCUUACAGUCUCAUCAGUAUAUUCUCCAAUAUCUAACUCCUGCUGUUCUUUGCCAAAUUUCAUGUUAACCAUCAAUUUGGAGAGUUGAUUUCUGUUUUUCUGUAAUCUCUGCCAAUUCUGUUUGGUUAUACAUCAUUGUUGAUCUAAAUGAAAAGUUGAUUAGGUUGUGGAUAAUGCCAUCCAUGACUAGGAUCAGUACCAUUUUCU